GAUUUAUUGGAAUAUAUUUGCACAUCAGAAAACAACUGUCUAGUAGCGAUUGAUUUCGCCGGUCUGUCAACCAAUACCAGUGAUUUAUAUGAUUUCAUUGUGGCUCAUGGUUCCAUCAAAAAAAUAAUCAUUGACCUCUCUGCGUCUACUGGGCUCAUGAAGUAUUAUAACCGAGACGAUAUUAUUGAUAAUCCUAGCAUUUUAAAGGAUUCUGAUUGUAGAAAACCUUGUUAUAGACGGUCGUAA